AGCAAAGAAAGAAAGAAAGAUUGCAAAAAUGGCUAUAUCUUCAUCCAAAUGCAGAAGUAAUUGCCAUGUUAGGUCAAUUAGCUUGCCUUCCAGAUCCCAUCCCACCACUCUCAGGACUCUUGAUUCGAUCAACAAGCUCCAAUCAUCACAGGACGAGGCCUCCACUUCAUUGUCUGGGUCGGUCUGCGCCGGGCUCACGGGCCUUGAGGGAGUCUACGUUUGUAUGGAUGAUCUGCUCAACAUGAGAUCAACUCAACAAACCCUCUCUUGCAGCCGACAGGAGGGAUUCAUCAAUGUGCUAUUGGAUGGAUCAAUCCAAGUACUAGAUGUUUGUGACUACUCUAGCCAAAUCUUGUUGCGCCUCAAAGAACAGGUGCGCGCUCUCCAAUCCACUCUCCGGCGGAGAAAGGGCGAACCAUGCAUUGAGAUAGGUGUCGCGGAAUACACCAACUUUAGGAAGGCAAUGAAGAAGGAUGCUAAAAGAUUGAUGGCUGUAUUGAGGAAAAUGGCGGCCAAAUUUGAAGAUGGUCAAUUGGAGAAUGAAAAUAACCACCUCUCAUCAGUGAUGAGAGUGGUGAGAGAUGCUAAUCUGUUGAGCACUUCAAUAUUCCAAUCUCUAUUGUCCUUCUUGGCAACGCCAGUGUCAAGGCCCAACAGGCAAAUUAGCAGGUGGUCCAUAGUCUCCAAAUUGGUAUAUCCAAAGGGAGCAAUAUCAUGCGAUCAAGAAGAUAAGCAAGGGGAUGUGAAUGAGUUGGAAUGUGUUGAUUGUGCACUCACUACCAUGUGCAAACACAUGUCAAGAGAAGGGGUUGAUGGCGAGAAGUUACAGGUCGCACAAUGUGAAUUGGAGGAUUUGGAGAUUGGAAUUGGAAGGAUUGAGGAUGCCUUGGAGGGAUUGCACAGAAACGCAAAAGCAGAGAAAAGUAGCGACGCUCACAUGCUAAGAUGGCAACCCCUGACCUUGGAUACUCUGAAAAUCAACAUUGACUCCUCCUUUGCUCGGAAUGAAGGCGCGACAUCAAAUCUUGAGGAGAAUAAACGAGCGGCUGAAGGCGUGAUAUCAUAUCUUGAGGAGAACAGAGGAGCGACCGAGCACAGGGGAGCAAUCGCCUACAUCUACCGAGACUCUCGGGGUCACUUGGUCGACGGCUUCUCAAAGAUGGUGGCGGCAUCCUCGGUGGAACAAGCGGAAGCACUUGCUCUCUUGGAAACCCUACACUUCCUCUCCACCAGAUCUAACCGAAGCCUACAAGUACAAUGA